CUGUAAGUCCCAUUGCAAGAUAGUCCAGAAAGCCGCAAACUAUUACGUGUCAUUGUUCCAUUGGUUCUUGUCAAAGGCUUUUGGGAAGACACAUACUUCAGCCAGAUGCGAGUCCCUGGUCUUAAAACCCGACAUUGCAGACCCGCAAUUUCAAACUUGCACGCAAGUUUCUCCAUUUUUUUUUUUUUCUCGUCUUCGAUUUUUAAAAAAAUAAAGAACCCAUUUUCUUGUUUUUAAUAGACUCAAAAAAUUAAAGAAAUCAGAAUUAUAGUACAAUUUUCAAAUAGAGAAAAGAUCAGCAAAGAUAAAAAAACAUGGCGGUGUUUCUAGCUACUGCUGCUUCUGCUGCCCAUAUAGCAACUUCUUUUAUUGCAUCCUCACAAACAAGCAAAGCCCACCUUUUCAUUUCUCCAAGGAAGAACCUUACUCCAAGAAAAAUCACAAAGCUCACACCUCGCGUGGCAGCUCCACCAUCAUCAUCAGCAGGACCAACUUCGGAUCAAAAACAAGAAGAAGAGUAUAUGGUAGGUGAUGAGUUUGGUGAAGAGAGUUCAGAUUCUAAGUUUUCAUGGAAAGAUCAUUGGUACCCGGUUUCUUUGGUUGAAGAUUUGGACCCAGCCUUACCAACCCCGUUUCAGCUUCUGGGUCGUGACUUAGUGCUUUGGUUUGAUAAAGGAAGGAAUGAAUGGGUUGCUUUGGAUGAUAAAUGUCCGCAUAGGCUUGCUCCUUUAUCUGAAGGGCGGAUAGAUGAAAAUGGGCACUUGCAAUGUUCAUAUCAUGGGUGGUCUUUUGAUGGAUGUGGAUCUUGCACCAGGAUUCCUCAGGCUGCAUCUCAAGGUCCUGAAGCUCGUGCAGUUCAGUCUCCAAGAGCAUGUGCUACUAGGUUUCCCACAAUGGUGUCUCAAGGCUUGCUUUUUGUUUGGCCUGAUGACAAUGGUCAGGAAAGAGCAAGUGCCACCAAGCCCCCCAUGUUGCCUGAUGACUUUGAAAAACCUGAGUUUGCCACUGUGAACAUUCAGCGUGAUCUGUUCUAUGGUUAUGAUACCCUCAUGGAGAAUGUCUCUGAUCCUUCCCACAUUGAUUUUGCACAUCACAAGGUUACAGGGAGGAGAGACAGAGCCAAACCUUUGCCAUUUAAGGUGGAGUCUAGUGGCCCUUGGGGCUUUGGUGGAUCAAAUGAGGGUAAUCCGAAGAUCAGCACUAAGUUUGUUGCACCAUGUUAUUAUAUGAAUAAAAUAGAGAUAGACACAAAGCUUCCUAUUGUUGGUGAGCAGCAAUGGAAGAUAUGGAUAUGUUCAUUCAAUGUACCAAUGGCUCCAGGGAAGACACGAUCAAUUGUUUGUAGUGCUCGAAACUUCUUCCAGUUUACAGUGCCAGGGCCUGCCUGGUGGCAGGUGCUUCCUAGAUGGUAUGAGCAUUGGAUUUCAAACAAGGUCUACGAUGGGGACAUGAUUGUACUUCAAGGUCAAGAAAAGAUAUUUCUUUCAAAGUCAAUGGAGAGUUCAGAGGAUGUAAAUAAGCAGUACACGAAGCUGACAUUUACACCCACACAAGCUGAUCGCUUUGUCUUGGCAUUUCGAAACUGGCUAAGGCGUCACGGCAACAGUCAACCCCAAUGGCUCAGCACCAGCGUCCAGCAACCUCUCCCAUCAACAGUAUUAUCAAAACGCCAGAUGUUAGAUAGAUUCGAGCAACAUACCCUUAAGUGUUCAUCAUGUAAACAAGCUUACACAUCAUUUCAAACAUGGCAAAAGAUCCUAAUCGGCACAACAGUCGCAUUUUGCGCAACAGCCGGCAUUCCUUCUGACAUCCAGCUCCGGGUUGUUUUAGCUAUGCUUGCACUGGUUUCUGCUGGUUUGGCAUAUGCAUUGCAUCAACUACAAAAGAACUUUGUUUUUGUUGAUUACGUGCACGCCGAAAUUGAUUAGAACAAGUUUGACUAGAAAAUUUGAGUGUAAAUGAACAAAAUGCUGACCAACGGAACUUGAAACAGUUUUUGUUUUUAUUUGUUUAAGUUUAUU